GUGCAAAGAAUAACCAGUGCAUGUGUUACCCACGUAUGCACCAGUUUUUCUUUCCACCACCUGGUUGUGUGUCAGCACCCGCAGCACGAUUAGUUUCGCUGACCGGAGAUAGACCUCUAACGCCGUUUAAGAGCAGUAAAGUCCACGUAGUUGCUGAGUAGAUGGCAUCGUCGCUCACUCAGCAUGGGGCAUGGGCUGCCUUUGUUAAUCAAUAGGUACUUAAACAAGCCUGCCCCGCCUCGUUUCACACAGUUGGCCUUGUGUCGUCGCCCAAGUCGAUCAUCUAUUACCCUAUUUUGUAUACCUACCCACAAUGACCAAGGUCUGGUUUGUCACCGGCUCCUCUCGUGGCCUCGGCCGGGCCGUGGUCGAGGCUGCCUUGGAUUCUGGCGCGUCAGUCAUUGCAACUGCUCGAAACCCGGAGACGCUCAGCGCAUUCACCGAAAAGUUCGGCACUGGAAGAUUCCUCGCCCUAGCCGUGGACGUGGCCAAGGAGAACGAGGUCGCCAACGCUGUCAAGGCCGGCCAGCAGAAGUUCGGACGGAUCGACGUCGUCGUAAACAACGCCGGAUACGCCAAUGCGGCUGCCGUUGAGGAUAUAGAGAUCCAGGACUUCCACGAGCAGAUGGCUACCAAUUUCAUGGGCGUCGUAUACGUUACCAAGGCGGUGCUUCCCAUCCUACGCCAACAGGGCAGCGGCCACAUAUUCCAAGUAUCGUCGGUCGGCGGGAGAGUCGGUAGCCCCGGCCUGUGCGCCUAUCAGAGUGCGAAAUGGGCCGUUGGUGGAUUCUCAACUGUCCUUGCCCGGGAAGUCGCUCCUCUUGGGAUCAAAGUGACAGUUCUCGAGCCAGGCGGAAUCAGGACGGACUGGGCCGGUUCAUCCAUGCGGGUCCCACCGAUAAGCGAACCAUACGAGGGGACAGUUGGCGCAUUUAACGAGAUGCGCCGGCAGUUCUCUGGCAAAGAACCAUCUCUCCCGGCCAAGAUCGCGCGCAUCAUCGUCAACCUUUCCGAAGCUGAGGACGUCCCACUCCGGCUCCUGCUCGGCCCCGAUGCAGUCGACUACGCUGGCAGAGCCGCCCAGACCCUGGCUGUGUCUGAUCAGAAAUGGCACGACAUUAGUAUCUCCUCUGCGUAGAAGAUCCUGAGAGGAAAUGUUCUUUCGUCUCAGUCAUCUAGCGCGUGGACGGGAACCAGUAAUUGGCGGAUCUAAUCACGGCACCCUGUCGCUGGACAGCAUCUCCUGCACACUUAAAUGGAUACUGCGGAAAUGGGGAAUAAAUUUGUCAUUUGGGUAAGCUUGUUUUCAAUAUAUGCUGUCUAAUGAAAGAGUUGUACGUGGCUACAUAAUUACCCUUCACAGGACUGCCACCUCACAGCAAUCAUAUUGCAAAUUCAUGCCCGACUAUUACAUCUAAAAUACUCAGCAAGUGACAGAAUAGUAUUUUUUGAAAGCAGCUACUAACAUAGC